GUUUACUUUAUUUAUUUGGAGAGAGAAUUAAAGAGCCUCGUGCUUGUGAUGCUGCUGGGGUCUUUGUUUUUAUUGUUUUCUCAUGUUGCAGCAGUGAGCAUAUAUGAGAAAGUGCAGACUAAGGAAUAUGAAGGGAAUGUCACUUGGAGGACCAAAUGGACGGACAUGGCACACCUCUCAAAUAUGACUGUAUUCACACUAGCAAACUUCAUACCCUUUGCUACGUCCCUGACGUCUUUUGUGCUGUUGAUCUUUUCCCUCUGGAGACAUCUCAAGCGGAUGCAGCUCUGUGGCAAGGGAUCCCAAGAUCCCAGCACCAAGGUCCACAUAAGAGCCAUGCAGACGGUGGUCUCCUUUCUCUUGUUCUUUGCCGGUUACGUUCUGAAUCUAAUUGUUACAGUUUGGAGUUUUAACGGGCUGCAGAAGGAACUGUUCAUGUUUUGCCAGGUACUUGCCUUCGUGUAUCCUUCGAUCCACUCGCUGAUGUUGAUUUGGGGAAACAAGAAGCUAAAACAGGCCUUUCUGUCUGUUUUAUACCAGGAAAAGUACUGGCUGAAAGAACAGAAACACUCAAGUCCAUAG